GCGAUGGGGAAUCGGCUGAGGUUUGCGGUGAUGGCGGCGGUGAUUUUGGUGGCCCAGAGUGUGAGAAUGCAGGAGAAGAGAGACGAGAGAACGUCUCUCCCAUCUUUGCACGCUUCUAAGGACCAUCAUACACAACACGCCUCCUUCACUAGUCCGCACCAUGCAGUGGGAAAGCGCCAUGAUGCGCGGGUGCAAGGGGGAAAGCUGCAAGCUCACGAGAGUGUGCGAAGUAGUGGAGAAGGAAGAUAUAUCGCGUCCAAGAAGAUGCAGAUGAGAAAUACAGAAGUGGAGAAGACGAUGAAGACAGUGGGCAACACCCGCCCCAUCCUCUCCCUCUCGGGGGACACUUCUGGCAUCCCCGAUGUGACUGGCAACUACGAUGGCAACAUGGCAGUCGAGUGCAAGUGCUGGAACAAGCAGAACUGCGACUGCGUGAAGGAGGGGUGCAAAUAUGUUGAACGAACGGAGGUCAGCUCGACGGAUGAACUGGGGAGCGUUGAGGUCUCGCUUACGGCAACGGAGGACUCAUGCUGGAAAGGGGAGAGAGGGCCCAUGAGAUUGAGUCUUGACCGUUGUGCAAGUGUGAUGGGAGGAGCAAGGUGGACAGGGGCUGCCUCAGAUCUUAACGUCUCCUACUUUCGUCCUGACCUCCUCCAUCAAGAGUUGGACCUGGUGGUGUUUGGCAACGUGCUGGGAUACGACGACCAACCUGCAGUCUUGCGACAGACUGUGAUCAUGCGGGAGAACGUGACAGUCUGCAGCAGUGAUCAACGUGACAGUAGCAG